AUGAAGGAAAGCCAAAACAGGAAGGAGAAUGGCGGCGCGCGCGCCUCGAAAAAAAAUAUGUACAAACAGAAGCAGGUAAAAUAUAUGAUUUUGAAAAAACUGAAAAGGAAAAUGAAGCAGGGACUGCACAAGUUAGAGGAGCAGCACGAACAUUUGGAGAAACUGCUAUCAAAUUUAAACAGCCUAAAGUUUGAAGAGAGUCAUGCGCUGGCGCUGCAUAAGAUGACGAAGGAGUUAACCAGACAAAUCAAACGAGUCAGUGAGGAAAACAAUGAUGACAUAGCAAUAUUAAAGAUGGAAAAGGAUUUAAUCAAAGCAGAUUUUACAAAAAAUAAAAACAGUUUGAAAAUUUACAAUAAGGAUGAAGUACAGCUACGAGGAGAAGAAGAAGAAGCAGGGGAAGAAGAAGGAGCAGCAGAAGGAGAAGGUGAAGAAGAAGAGGAAGAAGAAGAACAUCAACACCAUCACCACCAUCAGCAGCAUAAGCAGCCGUGGCAGAACGACUAUGAGGAGGAGGUAAUGGAACAGGAAGAGAUUAGCAGAAUUGUAAGGCACGAUAAAAGGAAGAAGAAAAAAAGGAAAAGUACCAACGCUCAUUCAUCUCACCACUUUACAAACUCGUUCAUUCCUCUACAAAUUUUCAGAGACAAUUGUCUCUGCAUGAACAAUAAGUGUCAUCACAAUGAAUUCUCAAGUGACCAUGUGCAGGUUAAAAAUUGGGUUUUUAUGGAUCUGUAUCGGGCCUUGCUCCGAAAUAAAUACUAUAAAGACACCCACCUGUGUGGCAACAUUUUUCGGGAACAUGAUAACAAUGAGAUUUACAGACAGGAGAUGAGGAGGAUGCGGAGGAAGAAGCUCCUCUUAAAUUUCCUCAGCUGCAAGAGGAAGAGUCGGAAGCCGGGGCCGAGGCAGGGGUCAGCACAGGGGUCGCCGCUGAAUAAGAGCGAUUCUGGAGCACAGACCAUCGGGGGCAGUUACCCCUGCGCGUGGGACGGUCAGGACGAGGAAAGGGACCAAACCGGUGACGCACUUGGAAAAGGCCCGCUUGGAACAGGCACCCCGAGUAGCUGUAACAAUCCGAGAAAAAACCUCCCAGAGUACACACCCCUGUGGAGUUGGUCCAACCCAGUAGACGACCAAAGAAACAGAAACGUCUGCUGGAUUAAUAUGAAGAAUGAGAUAAAUGAGGAUGUAUCGAAAAAUAACACCAGCAUUAUGACCGUUAAUAUGCUAACCUUUCUAGUGAGCAUAAGUAAAGUUUUUUCCUGCGAACUGAUUCAGGAAAGAAGGGAAAAACCAGUGAUAAACGAUUUUAUUAUGAAUAAGAAAUCGAACAAGUUUUAUGAUUAUUUGCCAGCGCAGGAAUACGAUUUGAUGAGCAUUCAUCAUGCCGCGGGAACUGGCCAUAGGAGAAGUGCCCCCGCGAUGAACACACACGAAAUGAGAAGCGCCAAUCAGAGCUACCUUGUAAGGGAUAACCAUAUUUGCCUCUACCUUAAGAGGGAGUACGUUCCCCCGUACUUGCUAAAUUUGGGGAAGAAAAUUAAGUUAAUUUUGAAUUUUGUCUCGGCGAGUGGGUUGCACAGCGGUUGUGCGUGCCCUCAUGGGGGGGAGAAAUUCAGAGAGGAGCAGUUCACAGGGGCGCCGCUCACCGGGGAGCCCCUUACUGGAGAGCCUCUGACUGGGGAUAGUCCCAGCGGAGGGCUAUCCCCCCCCGCGGCGGACCGCAGCGCGAGACUGGAGCACGACGGGGGACUCAUCGACAGGUACAGGAGCCUCUUCCUAAAGAGAAAAAAGCGGAAACGGAAAAAAAGUGGAAAACAGAAAAAAUCGGAAAGCAGCAGGGGAAGCGGAAGCGGCACGGUCAGGGCCUUUGACGACAACCACCGUUUUAAUAACAUCUUCUUGAGGGCCCUGUUGAAACGAACCCUCAACGAGAAGAAGAAGUACCACUAUUUUUACGUUAACAAUGUGGAGUAUGAUCACAUGGGUUACGACGUGGAAGACAUAAUUACUCACUUAGAAAAAGUUGUAACGAAAUGGGAAAGGAACUCGUCCGGGGGUGCAUCCUUUUCCCCUUUGUUUCUGCUGAACUAUGUGAGCAAGAAGUAUGCACUGUAUUCCAGCAAGGGGAAAAAAAAGAAGAAAAAAAAUAAAAGUAAAGCUUACCAUGUGGAGGAGGAAAGGUACUACCCAGACGGAGUGCACCAAGGACUGGGCGAAAUUGAGGAGUGCAGCAAAGGGGGGAAAGCAGCAGGUAUGAAGGGGGCCUCCCAAGUGAGAAAAAGCAAAGAUAAGGGUAAAGGAAAAGUGAAGGGCGAAAGUGAGAAGCAGUACCAAGAGGGAUACCCCACCGUGAAGGAGGAAUUCAUUCCGAACGGAUUGAAAGGAGCAGCAACAACUGUGGGUGACGACAUGGAGACAUACCACUUGACUAUCCACAACGACAUGCUCAGCUACAGCAGCAGCAACGACGAAGUGACGGUCAAAUACUACGUCACGCAUAUGCACACGAGAGAGUUUAAUCUGGAAGACGGAAGCCAAGACAUACCAAGAAAUAUUCAUCCCACCGUUUUUUACUAUGUGGAAAGAAAAAAACAACUAGAAAAAAUGAUGAAGGAACAUAGCGCUUUGUAUAAACACAUAUUCAGAAUGUGGAAAGAAGACAUUGAAAUCAGUGAGAAAGAAAGAGAAAAGAAGAAUAUUUUUGCAUGGGGGAUUUUACCUGUACGUGCAUAUGACCAUCCGAACAUCUUCGUUCCGCUACCAUAUGGAUUCAAACACAACAAUAAGAAUUUAGCGUACAGCUCAUUUAGGUUGAAAGGUUCCUUUGCUGAUGAUGAGGAGGAGGGGGAGGAGGAGGAUGACGACGACAAUGACGAUGACGAUGGAUACGGUGGGGAGGAGAAUGGUAACGUGAUGGAGAAAAGGGGAAAGGAGAAGAAGAAAGACUAUAUGAACAUAAAAUAUGCCAAUUUGACGGGCCCGUGUAUUACAUGGCGUAAAAAUUGUAUCUCUUUGAACUAUUCAAAGAAGAGGAAAAACGCCCAGUUGGUGGAGGCCCUCCCCUACCUCUACUGCAUGCAGGGCCCCAAAAUGCCACUCUUUUCCCUCGAAAGGAAUGUCCUCUACUGCAAUGAGAACAACCGCUCCAUCGUACCGGAUGCCCCGGUCACCUGCAAAGACGGCAGGAGCGACCCAUCCACCGGAAGAGACCCCCAGAGUAACCCAUCCACGUCCGGAGACGCCCAGAGCAACCCCUUCACCUGCAAAGACGCACAGAGCGAGAAAAACUUCAUCUGGGACAAACAGGAGAUCAAAACCUUCCUAGACAAGUACAUCCUUUAUCCAAAAAAUUUCGAAAAAAUCAGUCAAUACUUGGAAUUUAAGAGCACAAAACAGUGCGUAGAUUUUUACUAUUUGACGAAAAACUUUUUCAACUUCAAAGAUUUUCUCCUGACUAUAUCCCUGAGCAGAAUGAAGAGAAAUAAGAAACAUCGAUCCGUGGGUAAUGACAAGACGAAGAGAAACUCCAAAGACGAAAUUGUCGCCCACUUGAUGGAAAAGCUGGAGAGAAACUAUGAUCCAAGUGAAUUUGAGCAGUCAAAAUUUUUUCACCUUAACUGUAUCAAUCUGCGGCACUUCUUUCAAAACUAUUUCGCAAAAAUGUUUAGCGAUGUGCAGAGCGGCACCGCAGGGGGAGGACUAUCAAAAGCGGCAGGAGGAGGAAGAAAAAGAAGAAGACGAAGUGGACGAAGUGGGGAUCCUCCUCGCAAGACCGGUGUGUCUCCCCCUCUGAGCAAAAGCGUCACCACUGCACAGAACAUCGAUGGAAACACAGACGGAGCCGAGACUCAAGGGAAUAAAACUAUUGUUCUUGAGAAUAUGUCCGACGGGUAUGUCGUGCCAAAGAAUUACAAAUUCAUUCUCAGCGCAAACAAAAAAUUAUGCUUCCUAGUGAAGAACGAGGAGAACCUCAUUUACAGUGGAAUCAAUUCUGACAUCAUCGAAAUUGUUUAUAAUGAUAGUAUGGACGGGAACGGAAAGAAGAGGAAGAUUGAAAGGAGCGAGAAGGGCGAGAGGAGGAAGAAGAAGAAGGUGGAGAGCAUACAAAGAAUGGACAAAUCGGACGGCGUGCCUUUCCUGUCGCAAAACCCGGCUCACUUCACGCUCGACGAAGUGGGCCUGCUGGAGAAUCAACAGCCAAGCACGGCCACGUGCAGUAGUAUGAUCACCGCGCCGCCACCCAGCAACAGUAACGAGGUGGGUGGUAGGGCGAUUGGUGACGAGGCGGCUGGUGAUGAGCGGUUCUCCAAUCUGGGUCAUGACCCCCCUUCAGAAGCCUUUAAUGCCUCCGCCACGGGUGAGUUCGACCCUCCCCUGCACGAAGGAAAGUCCGCCCAUUGGCAAAUUUUACACGCAAAUGCAAUGGGUAAACUGAAAAAAGGAAAAAGGGCUAACCUCCAUAUGGAUAGCCCACUGCUCAAAUUCAACAGUGAAGAGAAGACGCACCACCCCAGCGAGAGAAACGAAAGGAACUUACAGAACGGAGAACCCAGAAGGGUGCCAUCAAUCUGGGUGCCGCUAAAGGGAAGAAGAGACAAGAUGGCCGCUGAAUAUAAUUGCAACCUGAAUUCUAACAGGGAUUAUUACAACUCCUUUGGUGAAAACGGCCAGAUAGUGAACCUUCGAAGAAAGAGCAGCGCGAGUAGUAGCAAACGGGGGGAGGAAGAAGAAGAGCAGGAGGAGGAUCCGGAGGAGGAAGAGGAUGAUGAUGACGAAGAAGACGAAGAGGAGGAGGAGAAUGACGAAGAAGUGGGGUCCCUUCUUCAGUUAAGCGAAGUGAGAUCCCUUGUUGAGCUAAGCGAAGUGGGAUCUCUUGCUCAGCUAAGCGAAGUGAAAGCCCACGAUAUACAUAACGUGGAUAGUAGGAGUAGCAGCGUGGUAGGGCUCUACCCUCAACCGAGCAACGACGGCGACGCGGUCAGGAGAGUCUCCUACUCGGGCUCGAAUGACAGCAUGAAGAACCCAUUCGAAAAUAGUGUUAAAAUUGAGACCUCUGAAGAGAGUCUAUACAAAUGCUUCGAGUUUUUAAAAAAUAUAAACUGGAAGGACACAGGGAAUGUCGAAGCAAUUAGCAGUAAGAAUGGUGUGCAUCUGGAUCCCAUGCAGAUUGGGAGGUAUUCCGCUGCGCCUGUCACUUUGGAAUGUAAGAUGAAAAAACUCUCCAGAAAGAACAGCCUUCAUAGUAACGAGGGCGUGUGUCUGCAUAAUGAGAAGCACGUGAAGAACGUGAAGAGGAAGGGAAUCAUCCCUGCAGGGAAGUCCAAGGGAGGGGGAGGCAAAGACAACAACUAUCUUGUGGGGGAGAUAGGCCCAUGGGAAGGAGGGGUCUCUAGUGCAGUUGCCAGAGUGGGUUCCUUCGCAGUGGAAGAAGCAUCAACGGGUCUCACAAUUCAUGGGAGGAACAAAGAGGAGAGAAAUAAUAACAGUAAGAGGGGCAAAUCGGCAGUGAACCACACCUGGGUGAACGCCACGACGAAACGGAGACUCUCCAAUGUGUUGACUUCGAAUGGUAUAGCGGAGGGAGCAGUAGCGGCAGUAGGUCCGGUAAGGGCAGUAGGUCCGGUAAGGGCAGUAGGAGCAAUAGCGGCGGUAGGAGCGGUAGGAGGUGUAGCUGGUUCAGGUUCAUGUGGAAGGGCUGCGGAUCUGAAGAUGGAUUUCACCAUUAAGCCGGAGUGUGAGAAAACGCUUAAAAGGAAAAAAACGUCAAACGCACAGGUGAGCGAAGAGGGACCCAUAGUGCAGGCGAGAUGGGGCAAAGGGGCUACCAAUGGUAGCGAAGAGGUGUUGAGUGAUGAUAGGACUAACUCAAUGAUGGAGUCACAGUUUAGAUCGGAAGCGAUGAUGCAAGUAUGUGACCCUAAUAUGAGUGAAGUGCUAAUGUGUGAGGCGCGGGGAAGCCAACAGCAGCAACCGAACGACGUCCUAAUUAACAGCCAAUAUUUUGACACACAAAAUUCAUGGUUGCAUCAUAGUAAGGAAUCGGGAGGACUCUUCAUCGGGAGAAGUCCUCUAGCACAUAGGGACGAUAUGAAGCAAGAUAGGUUAUGUUCCGGUGAUCAUUUUAACUUUAUUCAUUUUAACAACCGCAGCAGUGCAAUCCCUUUGCAAGGAGAGGACCGUUGGGAUGAUAUGAAAUGGAAUGGUGGAAAUUCUUCCAAGCAACCAUCGGAGAAGCAACCAUCGGAGAAGCAACAAUCGGAGAAGCAACCAUCGGAGAAACAACCAUCGGAGAAGCAACCAUCGGAGAAACAACCAUCGGAGAAACAACCAUCGGAGAAGCAACCAUCGGAGAAACAACCAUCGGAGAAGCAACAAUCGGAGAAGCAGCCUUUGGAAAGCAUCUUCACCCAGGUCCUUAUCAGGGAAAACCCUCCAGAGAAAUCCGACAUGGAACACAGAAGGAACUCCAUCCAGAGCAGCAAGUCCUCAAACCAGUGCUCCAUGGAGUCGUUGCAACACAUGGAAAAUCACGAGGGAGGAAGUUAUGAUGACCUUUCGAAACAACCAUUUAGGAAAACCCCCACCAAAUGGACAGACAGAGAAAAGGAAAUAUACUUCGAAGUGUUUGAAAAAGAAGGGAAAAAUUGGGACACCCUCCUAUUAGCUUUGCUUCCUUAUGGGAAAACCCGGGAGCAAAUUAAGAACUUUUAUCAGAACACGAUUGUAAAGAGGAGAAAAAGUGAGGAUCCCUAG